AAGGAAAGCAGAGCGUGGUCACCGUCGACCAACCGAUCGGCAUGGCUGCUGGGGGCGGCGAGCCGGUGCUGCAGUCCAAGACCAAGAGCGUGUGCGUGGUGGGGGGCGGCGUGGCCGGCCUGGCGGCGGCGCGCGAGCUGCGGCGGGAGGGCCACGCCGUCACCGUCAUGGAGCAGAGCGGCGACGUCGGCGGGCAGUGGCUGUACGACCCGCGGACCGACGCUGCGGACCCGCUCGGCGCCGCGGCGCCGGUGCGCGUGCCCAGCAGCAUCUACGCCUGCCUCCGCCUCAUCAGCCCGCGCGAGGCCAUGGGCUUCUCCGACUUCCAGUUUUUCCCCACGGACGGGGAGGGCCGCGACCCGCGCCGCUUUCCAGUCCACCGCGAGCUGCACUGCUACCUCAAAGACUUCUGCGACGCCUUCGGGCUCAUGGACGCCGUCAGGCUCAACACCCGGGUGCUGCGCGUCGCCCUCACGCCGACGUCGACGACGGCGACGCGUCAGUGGACGGUGAGGUCCGCGCGGCUCCUCGGCACCACCGAGGAUGAUGAUGAUGCCCGGGAGGAGGAGGAGGAAGAGGUGUUCGACGCCGUGGUGGUGGCCACGGGCCACUACUCGCAGCCGAUGCUCCCGAGCGACAUCGAGGGCAUGGGGGAGUGGACGCGCGGGCAGCUGCACAGCCACUCGUACCGGACGCCGGAGCCGUUCCGCGGCGAGGCGGUGGUGGUGGUCGGGUGCGCGGAGAGCGGCAAGGACAUCGCGCUGGACCUCUGCCGCGUCGCCAGGGAGGUGCACCUCGCCGCGAGCUCCAAGGCCACGCCCGCCACGCCGGCCAUGUCGAGGAUGCUGGCCAACCACGGCGACGUGCUGCGCCUGCACACACGGAUCCGCCGGCUGCACGCGGACGGGCGCGUGGAGUUCGCGGACGGCUCCUCCGUCGCGGCGGACACGGUCAUCUACUGCACGGGGUACACCUACUCGUUCCCGUUCCUGGACACGGGCGGCGCGGUCACCAUUGAAGACGACGGCUACGUGGUCGGCCCGCUGUUCGAGCACGUGUUCCCGCCGUCCCUCGCGCCGUCGCUGUCCUUCGUGGGCGUGGCGAGGAAGGUCCUCAUCCCGUGGUUCUUCGAGCUGCAGGCGCGGUGGGUGGCGCAGGUGCUGUCGGGCCGCCGCGCGCUGCCGGCGGAGGAGGAGAUGCUGCGGUCCGUGGAGGAGCACCUCCGCGCGAGGGAGGCCGCCGGCGUGCCGAGGAAGCACACGCACAACAUCGCCGGCAUCGAACCUGAGAAGAUGUACGAGUUCGGGGAGAGGUACUCGGACUUGGCGCCGCUGGAGGAGUGGAAGAAGGAGCUGGUCAUGUCCAGCAUCGCCAGCAUGAUGGCCGACGUGGAGACCUUCCGCGACCGCGCCGACGACAGCGAGAGCGUGCGGAAGGGCGUGCAGGGAUGGCGCGGCCUGGCUGCUCAUGCUCAAGCAAAAUCUAUGAUUGCUGCCGUUGACGUUGAAGGUGAUGGCGCAGGCCAUGGUCGCGUAAGCUCCUCCUCAACUGAUUAAGAGUAGACCACGCGCCAUGCAUGGCCAGGCAGCUCGCUCUCAACUGAACUAAACUGCGCAAACAGUCUCAGUCGAUGCUAUAUCCCUGAGAUGUUACAUUGAGAUUUGUACCUUUUUUUUUCCAGUUUUUUUCUCUCUCUUGCAUUUUAUGUCACUUGAUCGAGACUUAGUUAAA